CUCUCAAUCAUCCCAAUAAAGAUUAUUUUUUAACUUGGAAAACGAUCCUGUCAAUCAUCCCAAUCGUAGAGAGAUUCUUUUUUUCACUUUGGGAAAGUACUUUGAACUCAGUCCUCUCCGUGAAUCCUCAAUGUUCAUGCAAGUUUCUUCAAAAGUAAACCCUCUUUAAAACACAGCAAAAACGUACACUGGAUUGAUUCGUCGCACUACCUAGUGAUCGAUAUUUUUGCAGAAGUUUUACAAUAUUCGUCAGAUUUCUCGAGAAAAACAAACAACACACAUAUUCCGUGUCUUCCCCAAAAAAAACACACCAAAAUUAUUCUGAUUUGGGUUGCUAAUCAGUUGAACGGAAACAUGCAUUCCUCUGAGAUUUCAGGAAACCCAACAAACCCUUUGAAGAGAAGUUUUGAAACGAUGAUUUAUGAUUCAUCUAAUAGCCAACAACCCAGGCCCUCGGAAGACGUGAUUAUUCCCCAAACAAAUUUGUCACCCAGAGAGUAUCAGUUGGAUGUGUUUAAUGUGGCUAUGCGGCGUAAUACCAUAGCUCAUCUGGACACCGGCGCCGGAAAAACAAUGAUCGCCGUAAUGAUCAUCAAACAAGUUGCACUUUCUCUUAAAAAUCAACUAUCUGAAAAGAAACUGAUGAUCUUCUUGGCCCCAACUCGUAAUCUUGUUGAACAGCAAUGUAAGGUUCUUAGGGAAAACACAGAUCUUAUGGUUGAUUUUUACCAUGGGACUAAAGUGGGUGUUGGUAAAAAUAUCGAUGGAAAGAAGGUUGAUGAAUGGGAUGCUUCCAUUUGGGAACACGAGACAAGUAAAAAUCAAAUAAUGGUUAUGACUCCUCAAAUUUUGUUGGAUUCCUUGAGGAAUGCGUUUGUGAACUUUGAAAGAAUAUGUUUAUUGAUUAUUGAUGAGUGUCACCGAGCUACUGGUAAUCAUCCUUAUGUAACCAUAAUGAAGGAAUUUUAUCUCAAAGCUGUUGACAAGCCAAAAGUAUUUGGCAUGACUGCAUCCCCUGUAACUAAAAAAGGUGUCUCUUCGACUGAAGACUGUGAAGCACAAAUGACAAUGCUUGAAAGCAUGUUGGAUUCUCGGGUUUACACAAUAAGAAACAGGACAGAGCUGGAGAAUGUCACCCCAUCUGCCUCACAUUCCUAUUGUUUCUAUGAGCCAUCUAAGGUUUCUCAUUCAGAACUAAAAGCUAAACUGGAAUCCUCAAGAUUUAAGUUUGAAGCACAACUGCUGGAGUUGCAAGUGUCGCUACAAAGUAAUUACAAAGAUACCGAUGAAAAACAUGAAAUUCUAAGAAAGAGGUUGUCUAAUGAUUACACUAAGGUUGUUUAUUGUCUUGAUGAGUUGGGGCUUUUGUGUGCUUAUGAGGCUGUUAAAAUUUGUAUAGAGCAUGCCCCCAAAGCUGUAGAAGAAUGUGAUUUUUUUCAGAAAAGCUGCUCACAAUGUUUUUAUUUCCUUGAGGAAGCUUUGUCUAUCAUUGGGGAAUCUUUGCCAAAUGGCCAUGAACAUAUAUUUGAUGCUGGAUGUGAUUAUAAGAACAUGGUUGCAGCUGGUUAUAUCUCACCAAAACUAUAUCAAUUCUUGCAACUUUUCCUGUCAUUUGGGGAAGCUACACAAGUAUUAUGCCUUAUUUUUGUAGAAAGAAUUAUAACAGCUAAAGUCAUUGACAUAAUCUUGAAGAGAGUUGAAGACUUGUCUCAUUUGACUGUUUCAUAUUUGACUGGUAGUGCAACAUCCGUUGAUGCAAUGUCUCCAAAACUGCAAAAGGAGACUCUUGAUUCUUUUCGCUCUGGGAAGGUGAAUCUACUAAUUGCUACGGAUGUUGUUGAAGAAGGGAUUGAUGUGCCAAAAUGUUCAACUGUCAUCCGUUUUGAUAUCACAAAAACAGUUCGUAGCAAUGUCCAAUCACGUGGAAGGGCUCGUCAAACCAACUCCAAGUUCAUCAUCAUGCUUGAGAGGGGAAAUGCAAAGCAAAGGGAGCAUGUUUGUGAUAUCAUUCGAAGUGAACAGACCAUAAUGGAAAGUUCCAAAAAAAGAGACCCCAACACAGGCGUUGUAGAGCCAUGCAACUUCAAAGAAACAGAAGCUUACUUUGUUGAGGCAACAGGAGCUUCAGUCACUGCAGAUUCUAGUGUUAGCCUCAUUCAUAGAUAUUGCUCAAAACUCCCUGGCGACAAGUUUUACACACCCAAACCAGAUUUCCAAUUCUUACUGGUGGAGGAUUCAUACGAGUGUAAAAUGACUUUACCUCCCAAUGCUGCAUUUCAAACCAUAACGGAUCCUUCAAGAGAUAUCACAUCUGCUAAAAAGACUAAAGAACAAUCCUCUGGUGCAGGGACUACAAAGAGGAAGGAGCUACAUGGAACCACACUCAUUCGUGCACUAUCAGGGACUUGGGGAGACAAAACUGAUGAUGGGGCAAAUUUUUUUGCUUACAAAAUCAUUUUCUCAUGUAGUGUUGUCGAUGUGCAAUAUUCAAGUUUCGUUCUUUUGGUUGAAUCUAAACUAGAGGAUGAUGUUGGCAAUAUUGAAAUUGAACUGUUUUUGGUUUCAAAAUUUGUGAAAUGCACUGUUUCUUCAUCUGUGGAGUUGCAUCUCAAUGGAGAGCAGAUAUCAAAAGCAAAGUGUUUCCAAGAAGUAUUCUUCAAUGGUAUAUUUGGGAAGUUGGAUAUCGGAUCCAAACAAACAACAUUGUGGAGCUCAUCAUACAUUUACUUGUUGUUGCCUUUGGAAUCAGUAGAACCUUUAACAAUCAAUUGGAAGACAAUUGACUCUAGUGUAUCCGCUGUUGACUUCAUCAAGUCUCGUAAUGACAUAAGUGAAGUGAAGAGUUUGGAUUUAGUCAUGACUGAUUCCAAUCACACAGAGAUUGUUCACUUUGCAAACAAAUCUGUUCAUAAAGAUAACAUAAAGGACCUUGUAGUUUUGGCUUUUCACACUGGGAAAAUCUACACAGUUCUCGAGGUGCUUGAAAAUGAAACCGCAGAUAGUCCUUUUGAUGGAAAUAGGUUUUCAUCAUUCACUGACUAUUUUGACAAGAAGUAUGGAAUUGCUCUACUACACCCAGCACAACACAUGGUGCUGCUAAAGCAAAGCCAUAAGGCACAUAACCUUCUUGUGGACUUCAAUAAUGAAGGUAUUUUACAUGGAAAGAAGAUACGUUCUGAGAGUUGUAAGGUGAAUACAGAGAGGCAGAGAUACAAUGCUCGCAUACCACCUGAACUUUUAGUUGUUAUUGAUGCAAGACUUGAUGUUGUGAAACCUUUUUAUUUGCUACCUUCAUUCAUGCAUCGCCUUGAGUCCUUGAUGUUGGCUAGUCAGCUUCGUCAACAGAUCACUUCCCAUUCUACUGACAUACAUGUCUCCAGCUCAUUGAUUUUAGAAGCCAUCACGACUCUUCGAUGCAAUGAAAGUUUCUCCAUGGAACGAUUGGAGUUGCUUGGUGAUUCAGUGCUGAAAUAUGCAGUCAGUUGUGAUCUUUAUCUGAAAUACCCAAACAAACAUGAAGGACAGCUGUCUUCUCGGAGAUCAUGGCAAGUUUGUAAUUCCACCUUGUACGAUUUGGGAAUCGGCGUCCAUUUACAGGGUUUCAUAAGAGACAGUGCGUUUGACCCUACUCGAUGGACAGCGCCAGGUCAGCAUCCUUCAAGACUUUACCCGUGUGAUCAUGGCAUCGAGACGACAGAUGUGCCAAUCGACAGCAAAUACCAGAGUGAAGAUACGAAAACUUUACUUGGAAAGUGGUGUGAUGUGGGCCACAGGUGGAUGGGGUCAAAGACAGUGUCGGACUGUGUUGAGGCCCUGGUGGGAGCUUAUUAUGUGGAAGCUGGUUUGACCGGAGCUCUUCACUGUAUGAAAUGGUUGGGUCUGAGUUGUGAGCUUGAUGAAUCGCGCAUCAAUGAAGCCAUUAAAAUGGCUUCACUUCAUGCAUACACCCCAAAACUUCAAGUGCUUGAGUGUGUAGAGUCGAAGAUUGGGUAUGAAUUUGUGGUGAAGGGUUUGUUAUUGGAAGCCAUCACUCAUGCUUCAGGUCAAGAGCAAGGAGUUGGAUACUGUUAUCAGAGGUUGGAGUUUCUUGGGGACUCAGUGUUGGACAUACUGAUUACAUGGUAUCUGUACAAAAAACACAAAGAUAUUGAUCCUGGAGAACUAACGGAUCUACGUUCGGCAUCGGUUAAUAAUGAAAAUUUUGCAUAUGCUGCUGUCAGACGCAACCUUCAUCACCACCUUCAGUAUCGCUCUGGCUUUCUCAAAACUCAGAUUGAAGAGUAUGAGAAAUUUGUGGCCACCUCUUCCACUGAUACAAACUCUCUCCAAACCAAGAAAUCCCCUAAGGCACUUGGUGACCUGGUUGAGAGCAUUGCUGGGGCCAUAUUACUUGAUACCAAGCUCAAUCUUGAUGAAGUUUGGAGAAUCUUUGAGCCAUUAUUAUCUCCAAUUGUAACACCGAAUAAACUUGAGCUUCCUCCUCUACGUGAGUUGAUGGAAUUAUGCGACUCAAUGGGUUAUUUCACUAAAGAAACUUGUAGAAGCAAUGGCGAUAUGGUAAUUUCUGAGCUAAGGUUGCAGCUCAAAGACGCCCUGUUGGUUGGUAAUGGAACAGGUCAAACCAGGAAAGUUGCAAGGGGUCAAGCUGCUCUUCAAUUGUUAAAACAGCUAGAGAAAAGAGGGAUUUUGAGGAAGGAUAAUCAAGAUGGGGAAAGCGAUAAUGAAAAGAAUAAGAAAAAUGAGACAACCCCAUCAAAGAUAAGUCCUAAUAAGGAUGCUAAGAUAGCUCUGUUUGAUCCUCAGCCAUCAAUGAAGGAGGAAUUAGGAUCUAAUUCCAAGGUUGAAAUCCCAGUGAUAGAGUGUAUCAACAUGAAGAAAGGAGGACCAAGGAUUGCACUUUAUGAGCUGUGCAAGAAAAUGCAGUGGCCCAUUCCCAAUAUCACAGCAUCAGAACAAAGAUCAAUAUCUCUGGUUGAAAUUGGGGAAGGGGUUGAGAAAAGAACAGGGUUUAAUACCUUCAAGUCACAUAUCAGCUUGACUAUUCCUGAUUAUGGUGUUAUACAACUCACGGGGGACCCACGUGCAGAUAAGAAGACUUCUUUUGAUUCUGCUGCCUUACUCAUGCUCUAUGAGCUCCAACGACUCAGAAAGCUCAAAAUUGGCUAGAAGAAUGAAAGUGGACAUGUUUGUAGAUAAAUAAAUAAAUAAAUAAAAGGAUUUAAUGGGGAAAACUUGCUUUCUCUCAUAUUUUCAGUAUUAAGUCAAAAAUAAACAUCCAUACAUAAUACAUAGCUUACUAGAAUAACUCUUGUUCUCAUAAAUGAGGUCAAUUUGGAACAAGUACUAUGAUCUGGUCAACAACUCGUAGACAUUUUUAUUGUGGUCCCCAGAUACACGCUUGAGCAUCUGAAACCUUCUUCGACUCCCUAAGAAGUCAAUGCGUUUGACUUCUACAACUUCUUUGGUGGAGUAGUUUGACCGUAGUUGUUCAGCAUGUCUAGAAUCGGUGUGGAUGGCUAACUCUAUCUCGGAUGUUGACAUGUUCUCCUAACAACAACAAAUGCUGAAUAGUGAGUUUUAAGCAAUGAGUUGACUCAGUCUUAAUUGUUGGGUAGAGAAAAGUGUUUACUUGAUAAAAGGAGUAGAUGUGAUGUAAUAGUUGCCAACAUGUGAAGCCUGUGUUGUUGAAGAACGUCCUCGAAUACGGGCCCAUCUCCCCAAACCGGUCCACCGGAAACAAUAUUGUAAUGAAAUGGUUUCCAAAAAUCAACUCAUUUUUUUCCCUGCAC